UAAAUACUAUCGGCCCUCGAUAUUCUGACGUUCGAGACUCGCCUGACAAUCUGUUCCAAUGGAUACGGAUUGUCCGCUCGCAGGCAUCCAUCCGACUAAUUUUUCAUGGUACCCUUGGGAGGCGGGACCCGGGGGUUGUUACUUUACUUGUUCAAGAAAGGGACGAGAGGGGAGACGAAGAGAGGGAAACAACAGACAUGGAAAAGAUGGUGGCUCUCGUGGACUCUCCCAUUACCUUCCCUUUUCAUCAUCAAAACUGGGCAGAGAAGGAGGAUACGAUUCAGCUUUCUUUCUCGGACGUUGGUUUUGUGUGUGGCUCUCUUUCCUUAUCCCCAAGACACUCCUAAAACCUUCACUUUUACUUCCCUCUUUCCUACUACUUGUAUAAAUUCGUUCAUGCAUUGCCUCCAACUUCCCUUUCCACUGCUCUUCGAACCAUCCCCGGAUAACGCGACCAUGUCAGAACACGAGAACGGGCCACUGGAGCACCCCCCCUGGCCCGACAUGAAGCUCCCCGAGCGUUUGCUGACUGGUGCCAUCAGAGAACUGCAUUCGAAGAUCGAGAGUCAGUGGGACCCCCUCAGGCAGUCAGCAUGCCAAACUGCCGCUGGGAGAGCCCUGUGGAAGCACGCCGUGAAUGACCCAUUGGCAGAUAUUUUAGCGGGGGAGACGUACCUGAGGAGACUCCACGAGAAGAUGAAGAAUGAUCAGAUCAACAAUGCCCGUGAAGUCUCGGGUGUGAUCCUUGCGGUGAGGACGCUGUGGUUUGAUUCGAAGAUCGAGGCCGCAGUCAGCUCCUUUGAGGAUGGAGAGGCGCAGGUUGUUCUGCUGGGUGCAGGAAUGGAUACAAGGGCAUACCGCUUAAGCUUCUUAAAAGACAGUCACAUCUUCGAGGUGGAUUUUGACGAUGUCUUGCAAGUGAAGGCUGCCCUAAUAGACGCGGCAGAAAAAGACAAGCAUUCACAGGUGAAGGCGAAAUCUCUGACGAGGUUAGCAGCAGACAUCAGAGAAGAGGACUGGCUCGAAAAGCUCAAACAAUCAGGAUAUAAUUCUGAGAGGAGCACAGUGUGGGUUCUGGAAGGAAUUCUCUACUACCUUCCCCCGUCACAUGCUAUGGAAGUGCUGAAGAUCAUAGCAGACAAGUGUACCUAUACUAAGACGGUUCUUUUGGCGGAUUUCAUGAACAAGCCAUCAACCACACUAUCCAACUCCACCUUCCAGUUCUACAGCGACUGGCCUGACCGUCUCUUGCCUUCUCUUGGGUUCUCCGAUGUAAAGCUCUCCCAAAUAGGAGACCCGGAUGCUAACUUUGGGCUGAUGAAUGAUGAUCCUCUUAACCUGUUCAACAAGCUCCGGAGUCUGCCUAGAUCAUUGCAAAUCCACCCGGAAGAUGGGACACCUUGUCGCCGACUGUACCUGGUGCAGGCUUCGGGUUCUCCCAUUCAAGUCCUUUCAUAAUGAUCAUUUACUAUAGGCAUUGAACUUCCAAAUAUAGCUUAGGUAUAGAGAAACAAUAUAUAUUCUCUUUUUGUAUUUAUAUUUAUAUAUAUAUACUUUUAAUAGGGAAUGCAAAAA